GACCAAGGCCGGAUGUCCUCUCUGUACCCCCCUCCCCGGACCACCGUGGGGGUGUGCAGUGUCGGCCCACCAGGAGACGCAGCAUCACGCCUCCGUACCGCCGGAUGAUCGGAGGCAGAGCCCCGGCGGAGGAAGGCAGAUGUUGUCCGCGGCUCCGAGAGGCUGCCUCUGCGGGUUCCUCCUCCAGGCGGCGACCGUAAGAUGCGCCGGGGCGGGCCGGGGGUCCUGGUCGGCCUAGCAGAGCUCGGCGGCGGCUGUUGUUCCGUACUUUGAAUCGCUAUUAUUUCCAGGUCACGACGAUCGCUGUUUCCUUCGCGGCUCGUUUGCUCUGAAAAUGGCCGGAGAUGGCGGCGCUCUGAAGGAUAUCAAUGAGAUUAAAUCGCAGUUCCGGACCAGGGAGGGCUUCUACAAGCUGCUCACCCUCUCCGAUUCGCAGCAGCGGGGCGGGCUGCCGCGGGGGCCGUCCGCCGGAGCCACGCUGGGCCCCGGAGCGGGCACCGCUCAGAUCCCCGGCGGAGGGGUCGCCGUUUUGCAGGGGCCCGGGGCUGCAGCCGUCGCCGCAGCGGCGGCGGUCGCGGCGUCCGCCUCCUCCAAUGCCGCCUCCAACAACUCCCCGACCGGCUUCCUGCCGCCGGUCCGGGUCUCUAUGGUGAAGCUGCAGCCCGAAGACCCGGGCGAGGAGUCGGAGCGGGUGUGCUUCAACAUCGGCAGGGAGUUGUAUUUCUACACCUACACCAACAUCAAGAAGGCUGUGGAUCUCAGUAAGCCCAUAGAUAAGAGAAUCUACAAGGGCACGCAGCCGACGUGUCACGAUUUCAACCAGUACUCGGCCACGGCGGAAAGCGUGGCGCUCAUCGUGGGUUUCUCGGCCGGGCAGGUCCAGUAUCUCGACCCCAUCAAGAAGGAAACCAGUAAGCUCUUCAACGAGGAGAGACUGAUCGACAAAUCAAAGGUGACGUGUCUGAAGUGGCUCCCCAAGUCGGAGAACCUGUUCCUGGCCUCCCACGCCAGCGGCCACCUCUAUCUCUACAACCUGGACCACCCGUGUGGCACCACGGCCCCGCAGUACUCUCUGCUCCGUCAGGGCGAAGGCUUUGCCGUCUACGCCUGCAAAACCAAGACGCCCCGAAACCCAUUGUUGCGGUGGGCUGUGGGCGAGGGAGGCCUGAACGAGUUUGCGUUCUCUCCAGACGGCGUCCACGUGGCGUGCGUGGGCCAGGACGGGUGCCUGCGUGUCUUUCACUUUGACUCUAUGGAGCUGCAGGGCGUCAUGAAGAGCUACUUUGGUGGGCUGCUGUGCGUGUCGUGGAGUCCAGACGGGAAAUUUCUCGCCACUGGAGGGGAGGAUGACCUGGUGACCGUGUGGUCGUUCGCUGAAAGCCGCGUGGUCGCAAGGGGCCACGGCCACAAAUCUUGGGUAAAUGUGGUGGCGUUCGAUCCCUUCACAACGUCUUUGGAGGACGAGGAGCCCAUGGAGCUCAGUGGCAGCGAGGAGGACCUCCACCAGGGGGCGCCAAAUAACUCCAUGCACUUUGGCCGGGUUCGAACGAGCAGCACGCUGUCGCGGCUUUCUCGCCACAGCUCUAAAGGUGGCGGUUCGUCGUCAGUCACGUACCGGUUCGGCUCGGUGGGGCAGGACACCCAGUUUUGUCUGUGGGACCUGACGGAUGACGUUUUGUACCCCCGCCUGCCGCUGUCCCGGGCUUUUACUAACACUUUUGGGCCUUCAUUGCCCAACUCUGGGAGUGGGGGGGUCAACAGCACUUCUGUUGGGGUUGGUAGCGGAGGUGUUGAGGGACACCAUCAUCCUCCUAACACCAACACUGGCACCUCCAACCCACCCACGCUUCCCCUCCCGCUCCCACGUUCCUUGUCCCGCUCCAACUCUCUUCCUCACCCUGCGGUUGCAAAUGCCUCCAAGAGCCAAGGCGCUCCCGAGGGUGGAGGAGGAGGAGGGGGAGGAGGAGGAGGAAGCAGCGGCAGCGGGGGUGGGAACACCACGCCGUUUAGCAUCGGCCGCUUUGCCACCCUAUCCCUUCAGGAGCGCAAGUCGGACAAGUCUGGGGGCAGCGGCGGGGUGGAGAAGGAGCACAAGCGCUACCACAGCUUGGGCAACAUCAGCAAAAGCAACGACAAGAUCAACGUGGCGCCGCGGUGCAACCGACUGGACGGCGCCAAGGUCCUAGGCACCACCCUGUGCCCGCGUAUGCACGAGGUGCCGCUCCUGGAGCCCCUAGUUUGCAAGAAGAUUGCACACGAGAGGCUGACAGUCCUGGUGUUCAUGGACGACUGCAUCAUCACAGCCUGCCAGGAGGGACUUAUCUGCACCUGGGCCCGGCCGGGAAAAUCGAACUUGACAGCACAGAAUGGGAACUCCCCGAGCGGCACCGUGGUAUAGCUGGAGGAGAACAUUUGCACCGAUUUACCCCCCCCCCCCCCACACACACACACACACACACACACACCUCCUUCAUCAUGGACUUUCCUGACUGAUGCAGUCUCCUACAAAAGUUCCCACGGAGGAACCCCCCCCACCCUUCCUGGGCAGAAUUAAACCUGCGGUGUGACUCUGCUUUCUGUGAAGCCGAAGAGGGAAACUUUUCCUGAAGCAUAAACUUAACCAAGAAACGUAUUUGCUUUAUUUAUUUAUUUUAAACUUCCACUCCGAUCAUUUUUUAAUCUUUUUUCAAAAGGCGUUCCCAGUGGUCUUUUAAAAAACGAUUAUGCCAUU